AUGUUCGCCCCUCCUCCUCUCCAGCUCUCUCGAGCUGAGAUCCAGCAUCGAUUACAAUUACUGCGGGAGGCGAAUGGUGAAAGCGAUGCGAAGCCGGCGCGACAGUCGAACAGCCCCAGCAACAAGGCGUCCAUCUCCUCACCAAUCAAGACGACACGCUUCUCCUCAAAGUCAAAGCAUGCGACUGGCAGUCAAGCUCCUCCCAAGCAGGGCAUUCAGCGUCUCGCCACCCUGCCAGUUGGAUUCGGGGAAAAUCCUCGACAGGCGCCAACACCGCCUAGACGAGCGGCAACACUUCCGAACGAUGCGACGCCUCGAUUGAUACCUGGAGCGUUUCCAGGUGAAGUGGCGCCUCCCAUCCCGCCAAAGUCUGCGAAGAGGCAGGACGCUACGCAUCGUGAAGGGUCAGAUGCCAUCCUCAAGUCGCUUGACUUCGACACAGCCGGCUUGAUGUUUGAUGGCAAGAUUGUGUCGACAUCGCAAAGGAAUCGUCGGCCGAAACGAUCGUCAUCCUCGGCUGGCAAAAAGAGCAGGUCGGCUGGUGGUGUGCGCAAAGUGUCGACUGGGAACAAGAUACCGACAAGGGAGCCAGCAGGAGUCGACUUCCAGAGUAACCUGCCAGCGCCAUGGCCCUUCACCGACAAGAAACUCCCAGACAUACCCCCGCGCAGUCCAGAGGCAUCACUGGAGACGCCCACCCCGAUUCCACGAGGUGGCAGUAGGUCGAAAACAUGGGGCAAGAAGCGAAGACCACUGGCGCAGGUUUCGUCGAACAGUGCAAAGUCGAACAGCCCAUCUGCAGGAGGUCAAGACAUGCUCAGCCGUUUGUCUGUCAUACCAGAGGUCGCGAGUCUACGCGGGAAGUCGCCACGGAGCUCAGGGUCAUGCUCACCACGGACUACAAGCAUGCAAUUGCACGAUGGCUCGAUUCUGACGGUGACUCCACCCGAGUUGACACCCUGGACUCGACGAGUAUACAUCCAAGGCCCCAUAAAGCUGCCGAAGCCGCUCAUCGUGCCGAGGAAGAACUCUCUCGCGAGUCUGGAGCCCUUUCAGGAAGCCGUGGACGACAUUUACGAGGAGGCGCUGGAUUUCCAGCGGAGAGCCAGCGAGAUCCGAGUUCUGGACGACAUUUGCGACUUCUUUGAAGAGUUCGAGAUGGGGCCGGUGAGCUUUGCAGGAGACAUUCUCGCUACGGCGGAUGAUUUUGCUGGUGCCUCCGACGAAAAGAGACCCUGGUUUGAUGGCUUUGGCACGCCCUCCAAGGCCGAGGUGAGCCCGAUCGAGAAGAUGGUUGCAAAGGCCGUCGUGGAGGCCAUGAAUGGACCGAUGCCGGUGCCACCGCUGGAGAAUGAGGAGACGAUACGAGCGAAGGGUAAAGCUCGGUUUGCGAAGCAGACAAACGAGUCGGAGGAAGAGAAACAGAGGAAAGACUCGGCGACCCUUGCGUCGGGCUUUCUGCCUUUGCUGCCGCUGCCGGGCGAGAGUAUCAUGCAGGCAGUGCUUGGAGUGGCGGAGGAGAAGUCGAAGAUGAAGACAUCUUUGGCGGAUCAAGGGGAAGACGGGAUGGAGGAAUUGGGUCCAGCCUCUGACUGGACGUUGUCCGGCGUGAUGGGUUCGCUUAUUGGCUAG